GCAAAGGAGCUAGGGUUUCAAGUUGGUGGCUUUCCAGGAGAGAGAGAGAGAGAGAGAGAGAGGGAGAGUUCUGAGACCAUCUCUAGAGAUAUCGCACCCUAUUCCUUCAUAUAUGCCACCUUUUUGUUCUUGAAUCUCUCCCAAUUCCGUAGCAGGAGAGGAGAACCAGAGAGGAAAGCAAGAAUGUUCCCUUCCAAGAAGCCAACUAUGAAUUCACAUGACCGGCCUAUGUGCGUCCAAGCUGACUCUGGCCUCGUCCUCACCACCGAUCCCAAGCCUCGUCUUCGCUGGACCGUCGAGCUCCAUGAACGCUUCGUCGACGCUGUCAACCAGCUCGGCGGCCCCGACAAGGCUACGCCGAAAACCAUCAUGAGAGUAAUGGGCGUGAAAGGUCUCACCCUGUAUCACCUCAAGAGCCACCUUCAGAAAUUCCGGCUCGGGAAGCAACCACACAAAGAAUUCAACGAACACUCACUCAAGGAUGCUACUGCACUGGAGCUUCAAAGGAACGCAGUCUCUUCAUCUCGAAUGAUGGGUCGAAACAUGAACGACACGAGUGCUGCGCACGGAACCGAAGCCAUCAGGAUGCAGAUGGAAGUCCAGAGGAGGCUGCACGAGCAAUUAGAUGUUCAAAGACACCUGCAGAUCAGGAUCGAAGCCCAAGGAAAGUACAUGCAAAGCAUCUUGGAGAAGGCGUAUCAAACACUGGCCGCCGACGGCAUGACCUCGGGAGAUCAUCAUCAUCAUCAUCAAGGGCUUGCCGACAUGGCUGCCAUGAAAGAUUUGGAUCCUUCCAUGUGCUUCCCUUCUCCCCAUGAUCUGCAAGCACUAUACGGCGGAGAUCAGCUGGAGAUGCAUCAACAGAUGAACGCAUCUGUUGAUGGGUUCUUACUGGCUAACGACAACACAUGUCUGGACAAGAUCAGCAGGCCUCACCCCUUCACCUCCGACGAGAAGCACCCGUUCGUUUGGGACGACGACCUCGAUGUGCAGAAACUGGGAUCAGCGGCAGCGUGCAUCGGACCGCAAGAAGAGGCAUCCAACAAGACUCACCGGCUCGGGACUGCACCGUCGGCGAUCGACAUGGACACCGUGGUAGAUGUCUUCGCGGCCAAGCCGAUGAUGCUCUCGGCAGACAGCGCAGGUGAGAAGAAGCACGAGGGAUCCACAAAGCUGGAGCCGCCAUCACCACUGAGGGCUCCUCUACCCCUGGAAGGUAUCAAUCCAACCCUAAUCGGUGGCAGCUUCGCCCAAGCAAGAAACUUGUCUUAUGGGUGAAGGAAGCCAUGCCAUCCCUGGAAUCAAGGUAGUACUUUUUGAGGUACUGUUCAUGCAAGCACUAAAACUAGGUAAGAACCUUAGGAUUUUGUGAUCAAGUGUUCCAGAAUAAUGCCACGACAAGUACUCCACAUAAAACCUGCCAAGACAUUUAUGCUCUUGCUCUUAUUUGUUCUUAUGAUUAUAUAUCUUGUUGCUUAGUUUACCGAUUA